GUCAGAGGCAACACGUUUCGAGGAUACACAGCAUAGCAGUUCAUCCUAAAACUCUCUACAGACUUACAUUUUACUCGAGUAGCAGGUGACAUUUUUCUGCUUCCAGCAACCACAUCGUCCCGCAGGCUUUUCUCCCGAGUUGUGUGUUUUUCCAACAUGGGGAAAAGAAGCAGACAGCGGCAGAAAAACCAGACUGCUGGCAGGGACGACAGAGACAACGCUGGCUGGGGAGCUGGCUAUGCUGACAUUGUCAAGGAGAAUAAGCUGUUUGAGCACUACUACAAAGAGCAAGGCCUGGUGCCCGGGGGAGAGUUCGAACAGUUUAUGGAUGCAAUGAGGGAACCGCUGCCGGCAACCAUCCGCAUCACUGGAUACAAGAGCCAUGCCAAGGAAAUCCUCCACUGCCUCAAGGACAAAUAUUUUAAGGAUAUUCAGGAUGUGGAGAUUGAUGGUCAGAAGAUUGAGGCUCCACAGCCUCUGAGCUGGUAUCCCGACGAGCAGGCCUGGCACACCAACAUGAGCAGGAAGAUCAUCAGGAAGUCUCCCCUUCUGGAGAAGUUCCACCAGUUUCUGGUCAGCGAGACCGAGUCGGGUAACAUCAGCAGACAGGAGGCUGUCAGUAUGAUCCCUCCUCUCCUCCUCAAGAUUGAGCCACACCACAAGAUCCUGGACAUGUGUGCAGCUCCAGGCUCCAAGACAGCCCAGCUGAUUGAGAUGCUCCAUUCUGACAUGGAUGUACCAUUUCCAGAGGGCUUUGUCAUCGCCAACGACGUGGACAACAAGCGCUGCUACCUGCUCGUGCACCAAGCCAAGCGUCUCAACAGCCCCUGCAUCAUGGUGGUCAACCACGACGCCUCCUGCAUCCCCACGCUCCAGAUCGAAGUAGACGGCAAGAGGGACAUCCUCUUCUACGACCGCAUCCUGUGUGAUGUGCCCUGCAGCGGCGACGGCACCAUGAGGAAGAACAUAGACGUGUGGAAGAAAUGGACGACCAGCAACAGCCUGCACCUCCACGGGCUCCAGCUGCGUAUCGCAGUGCGCGGGGUGGAACAGCUGGCUGUGGGAGGGAGGAUGGUCUACUCCACCUGUUCACUCAACCCUAUAGAGGACGAAGCUGUCAUCGCAGCCCUGCUGGAGAAGAGCGAAGGAGCGUUGGAGCUGGCCGACAGCUCAGCCAAUCUGCCAGGGCUCAAGUGGAUGCCUGGGGUCACUUCCUGGAAGCUGAUGACCAAAGAAGGCACGUGGUACUCGGACUGGUCCGAGGUUCCAAGCAGUCGGCACACACAAAUCCGGCCCACCAUGUUCCCACCAAAAGACCCGGAAAAACUCGCCAACAUGCAUCUGGAGAGAUGCAUGAGGAUUCUGCCACAUCACCAGAACACUGGAGGCUUCUUUGUGGCGGUGCUGGAGAAGAAAGCCCCGAUGCCUUGGAACAAAAGAUAUCCCAAGCUAAGGAAGGACGUCUCGUCCAGCUCAGCGGCCCAGACUGAAGGCUCCCCUGCGGCCUCGACCCCUGCCGACACUGCCCUCCUCCCACAGAGUGCUGCGGAGGAGGUGGAGGGGGGAGGCCCACAGGGAAAAGUAGGCAAGGAGGCAGAAGAGGAGGCACCCAAAGGAGCGUCCUUGGCACAGGAGACCACUGCUAAACAAGAUGGAGUGUGUGGGCCUCCAGCCUCUAAGAAGAUGAGGCUGUUUGGUUAUAAAGAAGACCCCUUUGUGUUCCUCACUGAAGAUGACCCUGUCUUCAGCACCAUACAAUCUUUUUACGAUCUGUCACCAGACUUCCCUAAGCUCAACGUCCUGACCAGGACCCACGAGGGCAAGAAGAGACACCUGUACAUGGUGUCCAAAGAGCUCCGCAACGUGCUGCUCAACAACAGUGAGCGCAUGAAGGUCAUUAACACGGGGGUGAAGGUGUGGUCUCGCAACAGUGAUGGAGAGGAGUUUGGCUGUGCCUUUAGACUGGCUCAGGAGGGCAUCUACACUCUGCAGCCGUACAUCCGCUCCAGGAUAAUCACAGUGAGUGUGGAGGACAUCAAAGUGCUGCUGACCCAGGAGAACCCCUUCCUCAGCAAGCUGCAGGACGACGCUCACGCUCAGGCCAAGAAGAUGGUAAUGGGCAGCAUUGUGUUGAAGUAUAUUCCUAACCCAAAUAACCCAGCAGAGCCUCAGUGUCCCAUCCAGCUGUGUGGCUGGAGGGGAAAGACAUCCAUCCGAGCCUUUGUCCCCCGCAACGAACGCUUUCAUUACCUCCGAAUGUUAGGCGUGGAGGUCUUCAGAGACAAACAGGGCCUUGGGCAGAAAGGGAGAGAUGGAGAAAAGGAGGAGGUAGAGGAUGAGGCGGAAAAGGAGGCAGAGGAAGAAGGAGCAGCUGAGAAUGAGGCAGAGCUGGACUUUGAAAAUGGGGAUGAAAGCAGAUCAUCAGAACCAAAGAAGCAACCAGAGGAGGAGCAGCUGAGAGUGUAGAGGGACAGGAGGACUGACUGAAGACGUGUUAGGUCUCUCAGAGCCAUACUGAGGAAGGUGCUGUGCCUCGACAGGUGUCUCUGUUCACCACACUGCCACUGCAGGAUUCCCUCCCUCAGACGGACUCCACUGGGAUCUUUCAUUUUUAGAUCCCCUCUAAGAGUCAGCUUAUUAGUUAUUGUCUUAUUUUAUUGAACUGUUGUGUUUUUUAAAUAUAUCUUAACACAUAUUCCAUCAAUUUUCUUCUGUUGCCCAUGUUCAGAGAGGUUUAUAUUAAUUGCCAUCUCAUUUUCUACACCUGUAAUUAAGCAGAAAUAUGGAGUUGAUUAAAAGUGUUAAAGGUUAACUGUGUUACCGCCUGUUCAAAUGAUUUGAGGUUGUGUUCAGUCUUUGCCUACUGAAGUAUUAAAAAUAUGA